GCCGGGCCGGGGAGACGCCAGAGCAGCCGGAGCCGAGGCGGCCGGCGCGGGGUCGGGAGCGGCGCGGAGCCGGCCAUGGGGGCGCGGGCGGCCGGGGCGCUGCGGGCUGCGCUGGCGCUGGGGCUGCUGGCGGCCGCCCGGCCCGGCCCGGCCCCGCGGGAGGCGGAGCUUUUCCUGGAGAAGUAUGGUUACUUGGGCAAGCCUGGGACUGGCACACACAGCCCUGCUGAGUUCACAGAGGCCGUCAGGGACUUCCAGUGGGUCACUCACCUCCCCCUCAGCGGGGUCCUGGACCCCCCCACGCUGCAUCAGAUGGCUCUGCCGCGCUGUGGGACGGCUGACGGGGAGAGACGCCGGGCGCCGCGCCGCCGCCGCGCCACGCAGCACGGCGGGAGGUGGUACAAGAGGCACCUGACGUACCGGGUGGUGAACUGGCCGCCGUACCUGCCGCAGCACGAGGUGCGUCUGGCCGUCAGAGCCGCCUUCCAGCUCUGGAGCAACGUGUCCUCGCUGCUGUUCUGGGAGGCCCAGCACGGCCCGGCCGACAUCCGCCUCACCUUCUUCCACGGCGACCACAACGACGGGCUGGGCAACGCCUUCGACGGGCCAGGAGGUGCCCUGGCUCACGCCUUCUUCCCCCGGCGCGGUGAAGCCCAUUUCGACAGCGCCGAGCGCUGGUCCCUGCGCAGAGGCAAAGGCAGAAACCUCUUCAUCGUGGUGGCACACGAGGUGGGACACACUCUGGGGCUGGAGCACUCCCCUGUCAAGAGGGCUCUCAUGUCUCCUUACUACAAGAAGCUCGGCAAGGAUUUUGUCCUCAGCUGGGAUGACAUCUUGGCCAUCCAGAACUUGUACGGGAAGCCCUCCAAGGGCUUGGCCACCCAGCUCCCAGGAAAGGUCUUCACUGACUUCCAGGACUGGAGCACAGACCUUUAUGGUGGGGACCAACAGCAGAGGAGCCUCAGUGCCUAUUACUGCCACUCCUUCUUUGAUGCCAUAACCUCUGAUGCAGAUCACAACCUCUACAUCUUCAAGGGCAGCCACUACUGGGUGGUGUCAGGCAGCGGCAACGCCAGCGACCCGCAGCCCCUGCACACGCGCUGGCCCGGCCUCCCCGCGGGCAUCGACGCCUGCGCCUGGUCCCAGCUCACCAGCAGGUUCUACUUCUUCAAAGGUGGGCGCUGCUGGUGCUACACAGGCUCCAGCUUGGAGCCGGGAUUCCCCUCCAAGUGCAGCUCCCGCGGGCUGCCCCGACACCCCGACACCGCCCUGUACUUCCAGCAGCUCCGGCGCCUCGUCCUCUUCAAAGGCUCCAAGUACUUUGUGGUGAGUGAGGAGAGCCUGAGCCUGGAGCCCUACUACCCCCGCAGCCUGCGGGACUGGCAGGGGCUGCCCCCGGGCACGGCCGGAGCCCUCACACACAAACACGGCUCCAUCUACUUCUUUCGGGACGACCAGUUCUGGCAGUUCGACCACCUCAAGCUGCAGGUGGUGGCCUCUGGCAAAUGGGCCACUCAGCUCCCCUGGAUGGGCUGCUGGGAUGCAAACGCUGGGCAGGUGCUUUUCUAAGCUGGGAAGGAUGGGAUGGGAGGAGCUGAACUGGACUUUGCUUGCCGUUGCCUGGAUCUGUGUGUAACUCUGGGUUCACACAAGGAGUGAUGGGUCAGGGCUGCCCCUGGGCAGAGGAUUGACACCCUGGCACUGCAGGAUGGGGCAGCCCAUCAGCCCAGCUGGUUCUGCUGCAGCCAGGUGAGCUGGACACUUUGGGAAGCAAUACUUUCUUACAAAGGACCUCAACAAACCCCCAGAUACAAGCCAUGGAGACUGCAAAGCCACCCAGGACUGUUAACCUUAUCACUCAAGCAGGUUUUUUGCCAUCCAAGCCUGGGGGUUGUUGGUAGCUGAGCUGUUGUUUUCCUGCCAUCAGGCAGCGAAGUGGCCUCAGUGUGGCUUGUUUUGGGGCUUGGGUGGCAUUAAAUAAGGGACUGAGAGUGUUUUCUGGUUAAAACAAAAAGAAGAGACAUUUGGACAAAAGAAAAAAGGUGGGUUGGUGUUGAGCUUUGCCCCCAUGUGUGUGCAGAGCCUCUGUUCCUGCUUCCUCCCCUCCCCUGCACAGGGAUGGAGGAUGAGCCCAUGGCCUGCAGGUGCUGGGCUCACAUCCCUGGUGAAUCAUCAGCUGGACACCAGCUCCGUGGGAUCUGGGGGGAGGAAGCAGAGGGGUUUGGUGUAGGAGUCUCUUUGGGGUGAAGGGAGGGAGGAGGAGGUGCAGCUGAGGUCUCAGGGAGGCUUCUGAUGGCUUUGGGCUGGCUGGCUGGGUUCUCUGGUGUCUAAUAAGGGUUGUGCUCACCUGGGCAGCCUUCCUUGAGUGCAGAGAAAGGGUUUGUCCUCUGCUCUGUCUCUGCAAGAGGUGGGAUCACUGUGUUCUGUGAGUCCUGUCCCCCUCUGGCACUGUUGGAUGAAGAGGGUUGAGAAAUUCCUGGGGGAGGCGGGGAAGGAGAGGGUGAGCAGGACAGAGGGACAUGCCUGUGCAUGCAGCCUCACAGGGACUGCUCCCCUGCAUGCUCCUCAUUCCUUUCCCAAAACAGCCUCCCCACCUGGAAACCUGUCUGCAAAGGGCCAUCACCUCCCACAGCACUGAGGGAGCAUUGUGGCCCUGAGGCUUCAAUUCAGUGGCAGCAAGGGCCAGCCAUUGGCACUGACCCAGGCUGGGCAAAACCUUCCUAAAAUGCUCUUUGAUUGGAGCCAUUUGGGGAUUUUCACCAUGCUGGGGUUGGACAUGGAUGGGCUGUUGGUUCUCCCAGCACUGGGUGUCCUGUGUCAGGCUUUGGCACUGGGCUCUGGCUGGUGCUGCCAUGCUGGGGUGCCACGAUGAGCUGCCCUCCCAGGUUCAGCAGCUUCAAGGACUCCUCAGUGCAGCAUCCUCUGCUCCCCCUCACCCACCCUAAGGCUUGCCCCAGGGCUGGUGCUUCCCCAGGGUUUUUGGUGCUGCCAGAUCCCAGCUGAGGUGUGGAUUUGGCAGGACAGAGAGCUAACACAAGCUGUUCUGUCUGUGCUCUGUGCUUGUGAGUGAGCCCUUCCUGUGCAGACACAGGUGCAGGGACUUGUCUGCUCAAGGCUGAACAUCUCAGGGGACUUCCAGUGUUGCCAAAGAAAUGGGGCUGCAUCACUGUUAUGUGGGCUUGAAUGGUAACACAAUGAGGUGUCUUGCAGGGAGUGCCAAGGGCUUGGAGACCUGACAGCAAAUAAAAUGAACCUCUGCAUAUGCA